GACGCACGCGGAGCCCGCCCGCGCCCGCCCGCGCCCACGGGGACGAUGCCGCGCGGCCUGGCCCCCCGCGCGCGCCCCGCCGGAGACAAAGCCCGCGCGUGAGCGGCGCUUGGUGAGCCUCAAAGCAGGAGCCCUGAACCAGCCUCUCGUCGGACGGCUGCCAGCUGCUGCUGUCGCUAGCCUGUCCCCUGCCCAGGCCUGUCACCGUGCCUCCUCUCAGCAGGGGCCGCAGGAUGAAGGAAGGCGUGCCCAGCAGCAGCACCAGCAGCAUCUCCCAGGCCAGGAAGGCAGUGGAGCAGCUGAAGAUGGAAGCCUGCAUGGACCGGGUGAAGGUGUCCCAGGCAGCCGCCGACCUCCUGGCCUACUGUGAGGCCCACGUCCGGGACGACCCUCUCAUCGUCCCCGUGCCUGCGUCUGAAAACCCCUUCCGAGAGAAGAAGUUCUUUUGUACCAUCCUCUGACUCCGUGGGUGGAGAAGCGCCUCCUGUUCUGUCAGUGCCACCCGGUGGGGACCCGCAUGCCGGUAGCUUUAGGGACGCCCCUCCUGUCCCUGCCCAGCCACAGUUGCAGGGAGGGUCUCUCUGUCCUUUGGUUUCCUUCAUUGCAUUGAUUUCACUUUUUCUUUCAAUUUCUGUGUUAUUUUCAUUAUUGGCAAAGAAACCAGACCUUUUUUGUAGCCAAAUAACAAAUGUGCCAAGUAAAAAUAAGUAUGGAUUCAAGGGCUUCAAUUUUUAAACAUCAAUUCCCAAGUUUAAAUACAUCAAGUUAAUAUAUUCAGCAGAUAAUUUAUUGAAAAACUGUAUCCAACAAUCCCCAUUCCCAACAAUUCAGCAUCACAUAGGAGCAUUUUGACCAAUUGAAAUAUAUGGGUAAAAUUUGCACCUCCCUCCCUGGAGAAAGUAGUUCUAGAAGGUCUCUAUUUCCUGCUUUUCCAUCAUCCUGCUAAAAGGGAAAUAACCUAAAGCAUUGGAGGGUUUUCUUAAUGUGUCUUCCUGGGGCCGUGUGGUGUAGACCCUGCCAAGGGCCCAGGCUCCUGGUUCCCUCUGAUUGUCACUGACCAUGUUGGAGGUGGUCCUUCUACAGAUGUAGAUGCUGGGUGGAUAGUGUAGCAGGCUUAUCCGUAAAUGUACACGGUGACUGCUAGCUGUUCACGUGCUCCAGCUGGCUGGCCAUCUCCCCUCUCCAAAUGCCACCUCUUCCUGCUCCCUCCUAUUCUGGCUCCUCCUCGGUAAUUGUGACGUGGGCUGUGUUAAUGAGGACCACCUGGGCACAGCACUGGGCCUGUGGGGCUUCGCCAAGGUGGCCCCUGCCCCUGAGGAGUGAGUCACAGGGGUGGCAGCUCACUUGUGCCAUCCACUGAUCUGGGCAAUGACAAAUAUUCACUUCUUUCAUCCUCCAGCAAUAAUUACAUGGCAUGAGCAUAGGUCUGUUUUAAAGAGAGGGACACUGAGGCACAGAAAGAUGAGGUAGUUUCUCCAAGGUUAUAGAUAGUGAGCAGGAAAAGUAGGACUUGAGUGCAGGCAGCCUGGCCCCAGAUCCCCCCUGAACCCCAGGGCUACAUUGCCUUCCAAGGGUACCUGUCUGCAGGUAGACCCGCAAACAACCUGAACCCCGUUGUGUGAAGACUGGCUGCGGCCUGCUGAGCAGUGCCCGUCUCUUCCCAUAUUUGCCAGGAGGAGGCAUGUCGGGCCGUAUUCCGAUAGUUGGUGCCCCAGUGGAAGGCUCGACAGGUCUUGGUUUUUCUGAGACAAACUGGCAGGCCCCGCCUCAGACGAACUGACACCACCGUGAUGAAAGAAGAGACGAACCCACAGGGGCAGCGAGCACUUUGUCUACGUUCUAUUACGUUGGUUGGAAACCGCCUCUGUCCCUGGUGCUGAACGGGGCUUGCCGUGUGAGCGAGGCCGCGGUGUGGAGUGCCUGAAAUGUUCUCACCUGCAAAGUGGAGGCAGUGGUCAUUACUCCUCUUGCCUCUCUGUCUAGGAGGACAUAGAGAGGUGCUGCAUAGAUGAACG